CCUUUAAAAUUACAUUCACUCUUUUUAAAUUUAAAGAAGGAAAACAUUUUAUUAUGUUUUUUCUUUAAAAUUCAUAUCCUGACUUCUUAUUCAUUAUUUCUAAUUUUAUUAAUAAAAAUUAAUUAAAAAAUAAAAUAAAAAUAAAAAUUAUUAUUGAAAUAGACACAUUCUAAAAUAAAUUAAAAUAUAAAAAAUAUAAAAAAUAUAAAAAGCAUAGUCGGAGAUAUAACUGUAAAGUGUGUUAGACAGUCUAAGUUUGAUAAUGAUGGAUUUUCCAAUUCUCCGCUUUCGAUUCGUUGAUUAACAUGCUCUCCAAGAAUUUUCUUGGAAGGUGGGAAUAAAGGUUCCACUAAUAUUUUCCCAACUUAUUCUCUCUUUUUUUAAUUCCUGUGAAAUAUUGUAGAUUUACUUUUUCAGCAUGACUAAAUACCGUACUAAUUGACUUACUCAGUCGUGAUGUUUCCCUUGGAGCUUUCUUCUGUAGUACAGCACAAUCGAGAAAUUAACAGGAUAGUCGAUAGGAAAAUGAGCAAAAGAAUUCGCCACUCCUUGGAAACUUGGUGGAAAAGGAGCAAACAAACUAAAUUUGCCUCUAUAUAUUUAAGCACAACCACUUCAUCAUGUUCCAUCAUCAAUACAGUAAAAUCCUUUCUAUCACUACGGAAUUUUCUUCUCCUUCUGCUUCUGCUUCUUCCAGUUCCACUACCUCUCAAGAAAAAUAUGACGUUUUUCUUAGUUUCAGAGGUGAAGACACUCGUCAUAACUUUACAAGCCACCUCAAUACUGCAUUGAAUGGGAAGAAAAAAUUUCCAACCUUCAUUGGUAAAGAGCUUGAGAGAGGAAAAGAAAUUUCACUGUCACUUUUGAAAGCCAUUGAAGAGUCUAAGAUUCAGUGGUUAUUAUCUCACAAGACUAUCCUUCUUCCAAAUGGUGCUUGGAGGAACUCGUAAAGAUUCUUGAAUGCAUGAAAGACAGAGGACAGAGGUCAUACCAGUGUUUUACCGGGUUGAUCCAUCACAUUUUCGUAAUCAAACUGGUGGCUUUAAAGAUGUGUUUGCACGAAUUAAGAAUCUUCGUCGGUGAGCAAAGAAAAGGUGCAGAGCUGGAGGGCUGCCUUAGGAGGUUGGUAAUUUAUCUGGCUGGCAUUCAACGGGCACCAGAUUAAUUUCUUUCAAUCAGUGCUUUAAGCAGAAUUCUGUGCAUUGUUUUGGAAAAAUCUCGAAGAAGAUUGAUAGUCAAGUACACUUUUGAGUUACAUAUAAAAGGCCUGAAGCUGAAGUCAUCAAGGAAAUAAUAGAGGUUAUUAUGAAGAAAUUGAACCAAAUAUCUCCAAAUUACUACUCUUGAGGUUUGGUCGGACUGGAAUCCAGGGUUCAAGAAAUUGAAUCUCUAUUAUGUCUGAGAUCAUCAAGUGUUAGAAAAGUUGGGAUAUGGGGCAUGGGUGGUCUUGGUAAGAGCACUCUUGCCAGAGCUAUCUAUGACCGAAUUGCUCCUCAAUUUGAAAGUUGUUGCUUUCUUUCAAAUGCAAGAGAGCAACUGCAAAGAUAUACACUAGCUCAAUUACAAAACCAACUUUUCUCAACUCUGUUAGAGGAACAAAGCACUCUUUAUUUACGGCUGUCGUUUAUAAAGGAUAGGCUUCGUCGUAAGAGAGUUCUUAUUGUUAUCGACGAUGCAGAUAAUUCAACAAAAUUGCAAGAGCUAUUAAUAGACAGCGAGUCUGAUUAUGUUGGUUCAGGAAGUCGAAUUAUCAUAACAAGUAGGGAUAAGCAAGUUCUCAAGAUUACUUUUGUAGAUGAAAUUAGUGAAAUGGAGGCAUUAAACGAGUAUAAAGCUCUUCAUCUCUUUAGCUUGAAGGCUUUUAAGCAAGAAAAUCCCCCAAGUGAUCAUCGUAUGUUGCAAGUAGAAAGGGUGAUAAAAUAUGCAAAAGGCAAUCCAUUAGCUGUUACAGUUUUGGGUUCUGCAUUGUUUGGUAAAAGUGAAAAAGAUUGAGAAAGUGCAUUGGAAAGAUUAGAAAGAAUCCCUAAUAAGAAAAUCGAUGAUGUUUUGAGAACAAGUUAUGAUGGACUAGAUUCUGAACAGCAAAGUAUAUUUCUUGUUUCUUCGGAGGACAAGAUCGAAAUUUUGUAAACAAAAUUUUGGAUGGCUAUUAUGUUUCUGCACAUAUUGUUAUAAGCACUCUAAUUGACAGGUUUCUGCAGAUAUUGUUAUAGUUACUCUCAUGGUUAGGAAUGGCAACAGCCGAAACCAGAGUAGAAGCACAUUCUCCAUCAAUAAAUUAGUUGUUUAUAUUUUAAUUAAU